GGCGGCGCCCAAGCGGACACGGAGCCGGCCAGCAGCAGCCGCGGCGGCGCCGCAGGGACGAGCGCCCAGGGUCGGUCUGGGGUUCCAGCAGCCCACGCCAGCCCUUCCAGCCCCGCCCCCCACCCCUGCGUGGAAGAUGCCUGAGCAGAGCAACGACUACCGAGUGGUGGUGUUCGGGGCGGGUGGCGUGGGCAAGAGCUCGCUGGUGCUGCGCUUCGUCAAGGGCACAUUCCGGGACACCUACAUCCCCACCAUUGAGGACACCUACCGGCAGGUCAUCAGCUGUGACAAGAGCGUGUGCACGCUGCAGAUCACCGAUACCACAGGCAGCCACCAGUUCCCAGCAAUGCAGCGGCUGUCCAUCUCCAAGGGCCAUGCCUUCAUCCUGGUCUUCUCAGUCACCAGCAAGCAGUCGCUGGAGGAGCUGGGCCCCAUCUACAAGCUCAUCGUGCAGAUCAAGGGCAGUGUGGAGGACAUCCCCGUCAUGCUGGUGGGCAACAAGUGCGACGAGACGCAGCGGGAGGUGGACACCCGCGAGGCCCAGGCCGUGGCCCAGGAGUGGAAGUGCGCCUUCAUGGAGACGUCAGCCAAGAUGAACUAUAACGUCAAGGAGCUCUUCCAAGAGCUGCUUACGCUGGAGACACGCCGGAACAUGAGCCUAAACAUCGACGGCAAGCGCUCCAGCAAACAGAAGAGGACAGACCGCAUCAAGGGCAAAUGCGUCCUCAUGUGAGCCCAGAUCGCCACCACCAGCGCCCCAUUGUCUGGGCCCCCAGGUUCCCCAGUCCCUUGCCCCUCCUCCUCCACCCCUCCCCCUCCAUCUCUCCUCCCCUCCCCGCCUGUCUCUUCCACUCCUCUCCCUUUAUCCAACAUCUCCAGUGGGGAAACUGAGGCCCCGGCGAGGCUGCGGCAGACUCGGGGCCCCAACCGGGUUCUGUCUCAUCACUCCGCCUCCCGCUCCUGCCCUCCCAUCUGGUCUAUACCACCACCCCAAGCUGAGUGCUGGAAGCGGCCCCCUUGGUCUGCACGUGGGAAAAUGGGGGAUGCUGCCUGUCGGAACCCAGGAUGCUGGUUUUUCCCCAUCUCUGCCUGUCUCUGUGUCCCCCAUGACCCCCACUUCUGACUCUUUCCCUUGGGUGCCCUCAGCCAGACCUGCACCCUGCCCCCAUUAGAUCACUGUGACCUUGCCGGGGAGGAGGGAAUUGAAAUGCACAUGGACCUCAGAU